AUGGCGCAGCACCUGCCCGACACACCUGCUGCCCAACUCACAGGCUCAACCGGCCCCAUACACGCUGUGUCGUACUCCUCGUCCCCGGGCACAUAUAUUCUCACCGGCUCGGCGGACCGCUCUGUCCGUCUGUACAAUCCAUUCCCAUCCACCACCGCACCCGCUAUCCGCUCCUCCUCCAUCACAUCCAAGCAAGCCCCGUCCAUACCGCAGGGGCGGCUCGUGCAGACAUACAAUGCACAUGGCUACGAGGUCCUCAGUCUAGCCGUUGCCAGCGACAACCACCGCUUCGCCUCAUCGGGGGGAGACCGGGCGGUGUUUCUGUGGGAUGUCAGCACGGCCACGACCAUUCGCCGGUUCGCAGGCCACGGGGGCCGCAUCAACGCCGUGAAAUUCGCCGGUGACGGGGAGAGCCUCGUGGUCUCGGGGGGUUUCGACACCAGCGUGCGGCUGUGGGACUGCAAGUCGAGUAAUCUGAAGCCGAUACAGUGCCUCGAGGACGCAAAGGACGCCAUCACGACGCUCGCUGUGGUCGACAAGCAGGUCAUCGCGGGUAGCGUCGACGGCCGCGUGCGGAGCUACGAUGUGCGCAUGGGGAAGUGUACGACCGACGUCAUUGGCGCGAGUGUCACGAGUCUGGACACGACGCGGGAUGGGAAGACGGUCGUCGUGGGGAGCCUGGACUCCAAGAUCCGCCUCAUGGACCGCGAUACGGGCAAGUGUCUACGCGCGUACGCCGAUUCUGGAUUCAAGAAUACCGAGUAUCGGGUGCAGAGCAUACUGGGCGGGAAAGAAAGGUACAUUCUCGCCGGCGACGAGGACCCCGAGCAGCCUGAGACGGGGCGGCUGUGGGCGUGGGAUCUUCUCAGUGGGAAUUUGAUCAAGAAAAUCAACGUUCCGUGGGGCCCCGAGGAGGGAAAGAAACGAGUCGUAGGCAGGGAUGGCAAGGAAAAAGAGGGACAUCUGGCGUAG